AUGGCUUCCAACGGCAUCGCGCGCCCUCCCCCAGCCUUGCAAGCUGUCAAUCGACACGUCUCGAUGGACACGCCCUACACGAACGGAUACUCUCCGCCGUCACCUCUCAAGCCGUUGCCAGCGCCCAGCGUUAGGGAUCAUGCCCCGUUCACAUGGCACCGCGACAUGCGCGAGUACCUCCCUCCCAUUGUCCGCCGCUUCUUUGGGUACAGAGAACCGGGCACAAAAGCACCAUACCAACCCCUCCCCUUUCCACCAUUUACAUGGUUCGCACGCCUGCCCCUCAAGUACGAGGUGUGGCUCAUGUCCUUUAUCGCGUCUUUUGUGGGCAUUGCGCUUAUUGAAAUUGUCAUGAUUGCGGGCUUCCCCGACGAAGGCGUAAUUAUGAUUGUGGCAAGUUUCGGGGCGAGUGCUGUCCUGACCUUUGCGACUAUCGACUCGCCUCUGGCCCAGCCAAGGCAUUUAGUCGGAGGCCAAGUCGUUAGCGCGAUUGCAAGUGUGGCGAUCACGCGUUGUUUCCGACACGCGACGGGGUAUCACCUCGAAGAGACGACGUCACAUGAUGGACUCAAGCACGUCGUCUGGAUCAACGGCGCACUGGCAAUGGCUGCGGCUCUACUUGCCAUGCAGGUCACGGGGACCACGCACCCUCCUGGUGGCGCGACUGCACUCAUUGCCAGCGUCAUGCCCUCGGGCGUGGCCAUGUCCUGGCGGCUCGUGUACAUUGUCAUCAUCAGUGGGCUCCUGAUGCUGGGCUGGGCGAUGAUCAUCAACAACGUCGGCCGUCGUCGCUACCCAACCUACUGGCUCUCUGGCCAUCUCCUCUUUGUCAAAUCGACCCACCACCGCAUCACGCAAGACGAACUACACAUGGCUGCCGUCGAGGGUCGCAGUGACGGUUUCUCAGAGAUGGACCGCGCCUUAUCCAACCCGGUACCAGAAGAGGAAAAGCUCCACCGCCGCGCCAGCAUGGCCUCAUUGGCAAGCUAUGACACGAGCCGUAUGGCCGCCCUCGAAGGCCGUAACGACGGCUUUGCACAAAUGGACCGCGUGUUAUCUGGAAUUUCCAACGCUCCAACCCGGAGCUGGUCGCGUCAGACCAACGAUACGCGCAUGGCCGCACUCGAAGGACGAAACGACGGGUUCGCGCAAAUGGACCGCGUCAUAUCCCAGCUGUCCAGUGGGACGACGGCUGGGAGCCCGCCGCGCGGUCGCGAUCACGAUGGCCGAAGCUGGUCACCCACAGUGGCGAGGGAUACCAGCUCGGUCAUCCGGGACGACGGGUUCUAG